AUGCUGAUUGGAAAUCUCCGCCCUACCGUCAUCAUUCAAGCAAGAAAAAGAGAAAGAAUAACUUACAGAGCUGAAGAGCUCGCGGGGGACAUGGAAAUCGCGACGACCAACACCUCCGUCCACUACUUCGAGGCGGCGACGCUGGCCACCAAAUCGGUCAUCGUUUACUGCGACCGAGCAGAGGUGAAACGCCUUGUCUGCGUUAACCUCACAAAAGGGUCACAUGAGAUCCUCAUUCAGGUUAGCCUUCAAAACACGUCUUUAUUUUUUUGAAUCAAAAAUGAAAAUAUUUUUGGAAAAAAAAGUAAAAACGAAACGAAAAAAAUUGUCAAUUUUCUCGUAAAAAAAUUUAUCAAGGGCUUUGCAUUUAUCCAUGGGGCAGAUUUGCUUGGAGUAUAAUUUUCAGACAGAUUUUUUAAAAUAUGUUCCAAAUGCCUUUUUCUUUGAGAGUUUGAAAAGUCGCUCUCUCAACAAAAAGGCUCUCUGAACUUUAAAGAAAUCCUGAAGAGUUUUAUAAAUUAAUUUUUAUUGAUGACAAGCUUGUUUCAUAACUUGUUAAACCAGGUUCAGUGCUUCUUAAAGGAAAUUGAAGUUCUCUCUUGCCCAUUUUUUUUUAAAAAUCAAACCGAAGUAUGACCAUGAUAAACGUCCACGCUGCUCUCGUUCUUUGAGCUCAUUCCGUUGUGCACUGGUUAUUGUUGCUUUCCAGAAUGUUUCCGCUGUUAUCGAACGACAGUCGGUUCGAGUGGACGGCCGCGGUGUCAUGAUUCAGGAGGUCCAAUAUCAAGAAAUGCCACUCGAUAACGAUACCGAAACUGAAAAGGUUUCAGAGAAAUAAACGAGAGGAAACUUGCAAAGUAACGCUCAUUUCAGGUUAGAGAGCUAGAAAAACACAAAAUUGAAUUGGAAAACGACAAGUUCGCUCUAGAAGACGAAAUUUCGUCCUUACGCAAGAGGAUAGAAGUUUUGGACGGAGUGGCGGCUCAGGUGUCUAAUUUCCUGAAUUUUUCUUUAUGAAAACUUUAUUUUUCAGAUCGCAGCUGGUCCUCCGAUGGGAUUUUCCAGCGCUCCUUCUGGUUCAGUUGCAGAUUUUUACAAUCAUCAGCCAACAAGAAGGUGACAAGAAACCAUCCAAAUCUUGGAGAAAAAACGGUUCCAGACACACGAUCACUUCGCAACCAGGAAAUCCGCUUCUGCCAGCCAUGUCUUCGGAACAAAGUGGCGCCUCCAGUGGUUUCCUUUUCAACCAAGAAACUCUGGAAAAUCUCACCAAAUUCCUCAAAUAUUAUGGUUGAACUUUCGAGGAAAACAUUCACAAUCUUUUUCGAAUUCAGGAGAAACCAUCAGCGAAAUGAAGCGCGACUUGCGACGAAAACAACGAGAAUGCGAAAAUCUGAUGGAACGCCUUGAUUCACACGAAAGACAAAUCGACCAGCUCCGAUGUGGGGCAGAAUACGAUUCCGUCAAGAGGUUAGAACUGUUUUGUACGAUUAAAAGUGUUGUCAAAUGGUUUAUUUGGUUGCUUCGGUUCAUGGAUGACGUUUUACCCGGCAACACGCAUAGUCAUCUUUUUGCGCGAGAUUUGACACAUAAUUUAAGAAAUAAAUUAAAGAUUUCUGA